AUGGGGACGCUCCAAGGACCCUAUUACGAGAAGAUGGUGGGGAGCACCUCGAUUGGAUUCUCUGAUAUGGUGGUCGCCGAAGAAAGAAUCGAGAGUGGGCUGAAAAGUGGGAAGAUACCCAAUGCUGUGGGCCCGUCUAAUGGAGCAAAGAAACCGUAUGUCGAUUUUGCCAAGAAAAAAGAGGGUGAGACUAACAACACGUCAGUGGCCAGAGGGAGAGGCAGAGCACAUCGAGUCCCAUAUCAGCAAGUGGCUGCCGUGACACCUGGCCCAUAUCAGCAGAAUGUGGGGCCACCGCCAAAUCACUACCAACAACAGUAUGCUCCUCCACAACAACAAUACUAUCCGCCAGGACAACAGAGGCUAAGGAAGCCUGAAAGGAAAUUUGAUCCUAUUCCAACCACUUAUGCACGCAUGCUGCCAUAUCUGCUCAAAGGGUCGCUGGUGCAAUUAAGGGAACUAAAGCCUCCAACGGUACUACCUCCUGGAUAUGACGCGAACGCCCACUGUGAGUUUCAUAUGGGAGCACCUGGCCAUACAAUUGAAAACUGCAGGGCCUUGAAGCACAAGGUGCAGGAUUUGAUCGAUUCCAAAGCCAUUACCUUCACACCUAAUGGCCCUAACACCAAUAACAAUCUUAUGCCGACACACGCCGGUCCCUCCGUGAGUGUGGUCGAAGUGGAUAAGAUGGUGAAGCAAUGUGUAGGGGACAUAAGAACUCCGUUGUCUAUUGUUAAGGAGCAAUUACUGAUGAAAGAUGUACAUCCCGGAUGUGACGCCAAAUGUGAAGGCUACUUAAUGAAUCCCCAUGAAUGUGAAAGGUUGAAGGUCGGUAUUCAGAGAUUGAUUGAUCAGCAAGUAUUGAUAGUGGAACAAAUUCCCGCUAAUAAUGAGGUAGACAUGCUUGAAAUCCCGUAUGAUCCUGUACGAGUACCUAUCGAGAUCCCCUAUGAUCCGAUUCCGGUGCCUGCUACAGCAUACCCGAUCACACCACUUGUGAUUACGGUCCCUGCUCCGUUCGCUUUUGACAAUACAAAAGCAGUGCCAUGGAAUUAUGACUCGAAGGUAUUUCUAUAUGGGCAAGAGAUGAAAGAGGAGCCCACAAGACCUGAAGAAGCUAGUGUGAAUAUCACUAGAGCCGGGGGCAUAACCCGCAGUGGUAGGGUAUUCGCACCAGCAUGUCCCGCAGGUGGUGUUGAUCAAGGAGCCUCAAACAGAAACCCUGGGAAGCAGGUGGCAAAUGAUGAGGGACGAGGGCCAAAUGCAGCGGAGAAGGUAAAUCCUAAUGAUGAAGUGGAGGAAUUCCUCCGCCUUAUCAAGAAAAGUGAUUACAAGGUGGUUGAUCAACUCAAUCAAACACCGUCAAAGAUAUCCAUGCUUGCACUCUUGAUGAGUUCAGAGGCGCACCGAGAAGCUCUGAUGAAGUUCUUGAGGACCGCCCAUGUCCCUCAAGAAAUAUCAGUAAAUCAGUUCGAAGCUGUAGUGGCCAACAUAUCUGCAAGUAGUUGCCUAGGGUUCAAUGAUGAUGAAUUGCCACCUGAGGGUAGAAAUCACAACAAGGCACUCCAUAUUUCUAUCGAAUGUGUGGAUACAGUCUUGUCCAGAGUAUUGGUGGAUACCGGCUCUUCGUUAAAUAUCCUACCCAAGAACUCACUUUCUAAGCUGACCAUCGAGGGAUUGGUGAUGAAACCUAGCUCACUCAUUGUAAGGGCAUUUGAUGGGUCAAGGAGGACAGUAAUAGGAGAGGUGGAUCUCCCCAUGAAGAUAGGGCCUCACAUCUUCUUUAUCACCUUUUACGUGAUGGACAUUUACCCUGCCUAG